AUGGAGUCUGAUUCUACUUCGACCUUAACAGAUGAAUCCGAAGCGAUAUUAGAAAAUGAAACAACUGUUUUAUUUGAUCAAGAUUGCCACGUUUCAUUGAAUCCAAUCGUGGAUGAGUCACUCUCAACACUAACACCUAAAUCACAGAUAGACACGAGCAGCAGCAAUUAUAUUUAUUUCAAACCUCACACGUACGGAAAAAGACAUUCCAUCUUGGGGACUGGUAAAAGCAAUAUAUCUGCCUUUAGAAAGCCGGAUUUGGCGGAACUUAAAGAAAAAUAUAACAGAGCGAAGGAAAAAUUCAAAGAUUGGAAUCUGGAUAAGUUGUGGGGAGGCCGAGUCGAAAGAAUGAAGAGAGUAUCCUCUGUUUCGCUUUCAAAUAUCGUAACCGCGGCGUUUUGGAUCCGUGAAGGUGUUCCCAAGACGCCAUGUGAGAGAGCAGCAUCGAUUCCAGAGAUAGACGACAUGGAGGUUUAUUUCAAGAGAGAGUACCAGAACCCAUCUGGAAGUUUUUAUGACAGAGGAGCUCGCUAUGCAUUACUCCGACUGCAUCAGCAAGCUGUUGAGUUAACUGUGGAUGUCAUUAAUCGACAGAGUCAAAAGAGAUCUGGAGUCAUCGCCACCUCAUCUGGUAACCAUGCAAUCGCUAUUGCCUAUCACGGGAAAUCCCUCGGGAUUCCUGUUACGGUUCUUUUACCAGAAAGUAGAUGUCCUGUUAAAAUCAGGUUGUGCGAGAAAUAUGACGCUGACAUCACUGAAUGUGGUCUGGACGAGACUGCUGGAGAGAGAAACGACAACCCUGAUAUUGUGAGCGGGCAAGGUACCAUGGGAUUAGAGAUUGUGGAUCAGCUAGAAGAAGUAGAUGCUAUAAUCAUUCCCGUUGGAGGAGGGACCCUAAUUGCUGGGACUUGUAUAGCUGUCAAAACGCUUUACCCUUCUGUAAAAAUCAUAGCAGUAACAAGGGAACGGAGCCUAGAUGUGGCUAUGGCACACCACGAAGGAAACGUAACGAAAACAGCUGUAUUAUCUAAAGACUUGAUAAAGGUGGACGAUAUGGAUAGUAGUGAGAUUAGCAGCAGUCCUCUCAGACCCGCCGAGGAUUUAAUGGACAAAUGCAUCACUGUAAAGGAAGAUCUAAUAGCAUUAGCUCUGCUGAGAUUGUUGGAGUAUGAGAAAGUCAUCUUAGAAGCAGACGGUGCAAUAGGGCUGGCGGCUCUUCUAGGAGGGCAUCUUCCUGAACUUAAAGGAAAACGGGUGGUAGUUGUCCUUACUGAGGCAAACAUAGAGCCAGCUCCUCUUCCGCAGGUGAUUGCCCGCGGGCUCGCGACGGAUGGAAGACUGUUACGGUUUGCAGUUCGGAUCGAUGACCGGCUUGCUACCAUGGCAACGCUUUUGCGGUUAAUUGCAUCAACAGGAGCAGUAAUUAAAGAUGUCAGUCAAGAGCCAGCGUGGAGUGAUCCCGGCAUGCUUUGCCUACAGGCAAAAGUGAUGGCUGAAGUACGAGACCGUGAACACUCUCGUCAGUUGAAGUCACUUUUAGAUCAGAAUUUUCUCGUUAGCUUUUGGAGCUCUGAAGCGCACAACUCAGAAUAA